AGCUUCGGGUUGGUUAUUAGAAUUAAGGACUGGCAUCGGAGCUGGGUAUUUGACAAUUCCACACUAUGAAUGAGAAAGGUCAAACUUUACAUGCCUAAUAAAGCAAUUGCUGCAAUGAAAAUGCCCUAUCCAGCAUGAUUCCAGAUCAUAGUCACGGACCAAGGAACUGAGAUUGACUGUUCCUCAGUUCAUUUUCCUCCGGCCACAAUCACUCCUGAUUCUGCGAAUGCUGUAAUCGGGGUGAACUUCCAGUAGAUGGUCAUUAAAGCUCGAUUUGCAGGCAUCCUAUCAAACCAGUCAAUCUCACUAUUGGCGGCCCCACAAGACAAAGACUAUUUGGGGAACAGGGCAGCGGUUGCUCUGUAACUACGUGGUUCACGCCUGCGCAGCCAUGCGUGUCCCACCCGUGAGGGCCAAUCAACAUAGAGAGUCGGCUGGCGGAUUGAUUGACGUCCAGACCAGCCAAUGGUCGCCAGCGUUAGGCUUCCCACCGGCGGCUGAUGGGGCGACGGUCGGAGCUUCUGAAGAUGGCGGCGCCGAUGAAUCAACAGCAGCAGUUGGCGGCGGCUCAGGCCCAGCAGCAGCUCGUUCAGGCGCAGCAACUGGCGGCGGCCCAGGCCCAGGCCCAGGCCGGUCAGCCGGCGCUCGCCCAGCAGCAGCAACAACAAGCUCAGCAGCAGGACGACCCUGUGGCCAAGUUCAAGCUGCUGAUCCCACAACUGAAGGACUCGCUGCAGAAUCUAAUGAGGAUUGCAGCUCAAAACUUGUCCCAAAACACAACUAUUGAUAAUGGACAGAAGAGCAGUGAUACUGCACUGCAGCGCUUCGAUAAGAGUUUAGAGGAAUUCUACGCUCUAUGUGACCAGGUGGAACUGUGUCUGAGGCUGGCGUUCGAAUGUCUAUCCCAGAGCAUUGACAGUGCUAAACACUCGCCCAACCUGGUUCCCACUGCAACCAAACCUGACACAGUGCAGACAGAGAGUCUGUCAUACACUCAGUACCUCAGUAUGAUCAAGUCACAGAUCUCCUGUGCCAAAGACAUUCAUAAUGCCCUCUUGGAGUGUUCAAAAAGGAUUGCCAGCAAGGGGCAGAUGUGAACAGCGAUAGUGUCUGCAGUCAGAUUCUGGGUCCUCUGGAGCCGGCAUUUCCAUGAACUUCUGCUGUAUCACCACGAUUUUGUCCGAGUGGUUGGACAUAAAGGGAUCUGCCAGUCCACCGCUUCUCUGAAGUUUCAUGCUUAAUGUUCUGUGCUGCGGUCUGUUCCCAUUUACUCAACGGGGUUGGGGGCAUGUGUGCCAUGAGUGAUCCUAUUCCAUCUUUCAGAGUGAUAAUGCGUGAUUAUUCUCUUAAAUAUGUUUGUGUCUGGACUCCACAUCAGUAAAUUCUCAUUUGGCAUAUUCCAGCUUGUAAUUGCAAAGAGCUGUGUUCGUGAGACUGAGAGUGUAGUAGGAUGGUAGUCUAUUAGAGGAUGACAGCAAAUUCAGGUUUGAUGAAUUCUUCUCCUUUAAAGGAAAGGAAUGUUAACCUUUCAGCUCUGUGAGCCUUUUCCACUAUUCUUUUAGAUCGCAGCUGUCCUGCAUCUUAAUUCCAUUUGCUACAUUCUGAUUCUAUGCUGACUUGGUAAACCUGUUAGUCUCCGCUGUGAAAGGUGUCUGGCAUCCCUACUCUUAGGGAAGGUGGCUCCAGGUUUCCUUGCCCCCUUGUAUGAAAUUGUGAGCUGAUUGGCCAAGGUCUGACCCCCUAAUUCUCUCAAUCCACCCUACCAGCAAUUACAAAGCUUUAUAAUGUUAACCUCAGCAUGGUUUCCACAAGGUAUCCUUGUGAUUUACGCCUGUCACAUUAAUGAAGUCUGACUUUCCAUCACCUAUGUCUCCAGGGGUUGAUAAUGGGGACGUCCUGCAAUCUCAUUCCUGCAGUGCAUUUGUUUUCCUGAUGUAUUGAUAACGUGUUCACUGUUGUGAAAUAAAUGACUAAAGGCUGGGAGCAGCAGGGUGACCUUGGGGUCAGUCCCAGUCUGCUGUUUACAUUCCGUGAAUGACUGCUGACUGGUUCGUUCUUAACUCUUGUGCAAGAGGCACUGAUCCUUAAUGAUCGGUUUAACUUAUUCUGAUUACAAACAGCAGGUACUGCUGGGGAAGUUUCAAGCUCAGUUCUCUUGUAAAGUGUAUUGUGAUAUUAUUUAUAUAAAGUAAGUUUCCUAUUACAUAUGUGUGUACCACAGUAGCAUAACAGUUAGCACAAUGCUAUUACAGCUGGGAUGCCCAGAGUUGGGAGUUCGAUACCGCUGUGGUCUGUAAAGAGAAUAACAGAGAAUAAGUGGGUUCCCCAGCUGCUCUGGUUUCAUCCCACAGUCCAAAAGUGUACCGAGUAGGUUAAUUGGUUAUUGUGGAUAGGUUAGGGUUAAAUCAGGAUUGUUGGGGGUUUCUGGGCGGUAUGACUUGAAGGGCCUAAUCUGUUCUGUUUCGCUAAAUAAAUAAAGGAUCAUCUUUGAUGUUGGUGAUAUCUAUAUGAUUAAUAAUGAUUUGAAAAUGUGUGAACUUAUGGAGGGGUUAAUCCUUCUUUCUGCAGUAUGGUAGUUUAUCCUUUCAUGUACUAUUUGUUCGUCCCCUCCUUGAUCUGUUUGCAGCCUUUUGAUAUGUUUGGCCACACUGUGGUUAAAAAUUAAAGAUUGGCUUUUAUUUGUCACAUGUA